CGCAAGGGCUUAGGGCGCCGUUUGGGACACGAGGACAGCUGUGUGUAGUGGAAAGGGCAGCCGGCGGGCAGCGCCAUAUUUCCAUCUUGUGUCAGAUAGGUGGGGCGCAGACACUGCGACAUGGAGGGUAAAGAGAGCAAAGAGCCAGAACAGCUGAGGAAGCUGUUUAUUGGUGGUCUAAGCUUCGAGACAACAGAAGACAGCUUACGUGCUCACUUUGAACAAUGGGGAAAGCUCACAGACUGUGUGGUGAUGCGGGAUCCAGGGAACAAGCGGUCGCGGGGCUUUGGCUUUGUAACAUACUCCUGUGUAGGUGAGGUGGAUGCAGCCAUGGCAGCUCGACCCCAUAAAGUGGAUGGUCGCGUUGUUGAGCCUAAACGGGCAGUUUCCCGUGAGGACUCAAAUAAACCAGGGGCCCACCUGACAGUGAAAAAGAUCUUUGUUGGUGGGAUUAAGGAGGACACUGAAGAAUAUCAUAUACGUGAAUACUUUGAGAGGUAUGGAAAGAUUGAGAGCAUUGACAUUAUGGAGGAGCGAUCAACGGGCAAAAAGAGAGGGUUCUGCUUUGUAACGUUUGAUGAUCAUGACACUGUGGAUAAAAUUGUAGCUCAGAAAUACCACACCAUAAACUCCCAUAACUGUGAAGUCAGGAAAGCACUACCUAAACAGGAAAUGCAGGCAGUUUCUAACCAGAGGUAUCGUGGUGGUGGUGGAGGAGGUAAUUUCAUGGGCAGAGGAGGCAAUUUUGGAGGUGGCAACUUUGGUAGAGGUGGCUAUGGAGGAGGCCGAGGAGGCUAUGGAGGAGAUGGUUAUGAUGGAUUUGGUGGAGAUGGUGGGAACUAUGGCGGUGGCCCGGGUUAUGGUGGUGGGCGUGGAGGAUUUGGAGGAGGUCCUGGUUACGGUCACCAGGGAGGAGGGGGAGGAGGAGGCGGUGGUUAUGGAGGAGGAUAUGACAACUACAGCGAUGGACGCAACUUUGGCGGGAACUUUGGUGGUGGAGGAGGCGGAGGAGGAAACUACAAUGACUUUGGUAAUUAUGGGGGACAGCAGUCAAACUAUGGCCCCAUGAAAGGAAAUAACUAUGGAGGAAGAAAUUCAGGUGGACCAUAUGGAGGUGGCUAUGGAUCAGGGGGUGGUGGCGGCGGCAGCUAUGGGUCAAGGCGAUAUUAAAGUGUGUAUAUUUAUGGCUUCAGGUGGACAGUUAGCAGGAGAUGAGAUGAGUGGAGAGGAGAUGAGAGGAGAGGUCAGGAAAGCAGCAGGUUACUGUGAGAAAGCCAGGACCUGCUAGUCAGAGCACUAAAAAUGGAGACAUAAAGAAGGACUGUUUCCACUAGCUACAAUGAGCAAGGGUGUAGCCAGGUACUCAUGACCUAGUAUGUGUCAGUGUAUGUACAUUCCUUUAAUCUUCUUUGCUAGAUUUUUACCCCUUCUCGUUUUUUUUUUCCCAUUUCCGAAAUCCCUUCGCUUUUUUUCAGAGUGCUAUAUCAAGUGUCGUAGAUGUUGAAGUAAGCUUCUGAAUUAUAUGGUCUUAAGACUAUUUUUUUCUCUUUAGACUAUUAGAUUUAUAGGCAUUUUGUUAUUAAAAAGUCACAAAUUAGCUGCCAACUAUGGUAUCAAUUUUGGUUACCGUAAUGUUUUAGUUUCAUGGCAGUGAUGCUCAUCAGUGUCAAGUGUAAUUUUCUGUUAGUGUGUUUGUGCUGUCUUGCGUUGUAUGCAAAAAAAAGUUAUAAGCAGUAUAGACUUGUCAGAUUGGAGGGCAUGUAACAGAUCCAUUUGUAUAAACAGAAGUCUAGAUUGUUAAACUACUUUGAAAAGUGAAAAAAAGAAACCAGAUUAAAUAAAAUGUAGAAAAUUCCCUAAUCAAAGUUUAGUGGAUCAUUGAGUCUGGAAGAAAGUGCAGUUUUGAGUGUUUGUUGAAUGUGUCCUCAUGGAAGUGUAGCCAAUGAACCCAGACAUUUCAACAUUUUUUGGUGUUAAUAUACAUGUUGCUCUUAUAUAUGAGCAAAGGGGUAUCGAGAUCUAGCCAAAGGCCACCAAACAGGUCUCAGUUACCCAGUGUGGAUGUAAGACAGAGCCUCAACUGGACCAGACAGCGAGUUGUGUCAGAAAAGAGGAGGGAGAAAAAACAAGGGAGCAUCAAGAGCCAAGUCUGUGGAGCAAAGCCAUCAGGUGUCACACCAGAAAGCUAGCAUCUGUUUUUUUCCAAAACUAGCCUAACGUCCAAGAGCAGCUGACGCUAGUGAAGAAAGGCUAGCGAGUACCUGGACCCAAGAGAUGUGACAGCCAAUGCUAGCCAGCAAAGGAAGGGGAGUGAGUAUGAGGGCUUUUGAGACACAGGUGAAUAAGAGACAGCAGAAGAAGAAGGAAAUGACUUGUCUUAGGACCAGGUAAGAGUAACCAUUCUGCUUAAUUUACAGAUUGAAACUGAAGCGGCUGCUCAGCAAAUCUUGUAUGACACGUUUUCAGCGAAAGGUCUGGAUGGGUAAGAUUAAUUCCUCAAAAUAUGUGUGGAAAAUUUUACAGUAUCCUUCCAUAUCCACAGACAGCCUGAGCUAGAAACUACCUGAGUUUUUAGACUUUAGGUAAUUUAGCUUCAUAGCUGAAUCUGUUGAUUUAAGGCUUCUCUUUUUUAUUACAUUACAUUACAGAAUAAAAAUUGAUGGUAGCUUUUAAUUAAAAGUUACACAAGAUAUCUUUCCAAUUGAAGAUUAAAUGCUUUUCAUAGAUUGCAUCUGUUUGAAAUUUUAAAUGUUAGGGUUAUUGGGUUUCAGAGUGAUUAAGUAUUCUAUAUCAUUUUUACUAUAUUUCUGCAAUAUAGUUUGAAAGCAUUCAGGUAUUUUGGAUACAUGCCAGUGAAAUUAACAAUUAUUUCACCCACAAAAGCAAUCAGGUCAGUGUGCAAAUAGAAUCUGAAAGUUUCAGAAUUACUUUGAGUAUUUUAUUAGAGUAAUUAAAUGUUUUCCUGCUUUAGUAUACCUGAGCUAAUUUUCCAACUAAUUAAUAAUGCAGUAGUGACAUGGGACCAUGACUGAAAAACAAUGUAGUGUAGAAAAUAAGAACAGUAAAAUGAGUAGAAUGAAAGUACAAAAUAUGAUAUAAAAGUAUGCAGUACACUCUAAUUUGAUACUACUAAUAGGCCUGCACAUUAAAAUCAGAAAGUAGUGGCAGCCAAAUAGCCACAUCCUCUUCAAGUCCUAAGCACUUUAUUUUACAUUUCUUUACUUGAAUUUCUUCAAGUUAACUCAGUAGCAGGUAUCUCACUAUGCCUGUUAACUCUGAAAAGGUUUGUUAAAAACUGAUAUACCUAGAUGUAUAGAAUAUUGAUCACUUCCACUUCCAAAGGUAGGCUAUAUGGCCAAACGUUUGUGGACACCUGGCGAUCACGCACUACAUGUGCUUUUUGAACAUCCCAUUCUGCGGUUAUUCCCCCUUUGCUGGUAUAAUAACCUCCACUCAUCUGGGAAGGCUUUCCACUAGAAUUUGAAGUGUGGGUGUGGGAAUUUGUGCUCAUUCAGCCGCAAGAGCAUUAGUGAGGUCGGGCACUGGUAUUGGGCGAGGAAGCCUGGGGCUGUUCCAGUUCAUCCCAACGGUGUUCAGAGGUCAGGGCUCUUUGCGGGCUACUUAAUGGACCUUGCUCUGUGCACAGGGGCAUUAUCAUGCUGGAACAGAUUUGGUCACCCUUAGUUCCAGUGAAAGGAAAUUCUAUAUAAUAGAAAUCUUAAUACAAUUGUGUGCUUCCAACUUUGUGGUAACAGCUUGGGGAAGAACCACAUGUUGCUUUAAUGGUCUGGUGUCCGGAAACGUUUGGCCAUGUUGUGUAAAAUAUAAAGUGAUCGUUUUAUCCAAAUAGGUUACUAUGGAGACGGAAUUUCCCAGUGAGAUUUUAAGUGUUUUAAAUAUAUUUGGCCUAGAUAUUAUUCAGCAUCAUUAUUGUAGAUCAGACUAUUGCUGUAAUGAAUGUGUUUCUUAUUUAUGUGGUUAUGGGAGGAUAUAUUUUACUCAGGAAUAAUAUUAUAUUCAUAUAUUUACAUAUUAAUUUUUAUUUUACACACCUAAUUCUGCAGCACAUACUUCACAGCAUUUUUUCUUCUAAAAUAUUUAGAUGUGUAUGAAUGUGAGUUGAAAUUUUAAUUUUUUUUAAAUAAAGAUGUUUUACAAAUC